AUGAUAGAGGGCUCUCCAAUAGCAAACACGGUCACGAAGUCAAAGGCCCUUGAUCUUCUGGAAAGACAAUUGACUGAUAGGGCCAAAAGAAAUUCACCUCUACAGCACCAAAGGACAAAGAGUAUAUCACCUAUUAAAAGAUUUAAUUAUGGGAAUGAUGAUUCGAUGGCAAUGAAAUCUCCAACCGCUAAAAAGAGAAAAGUAAACAAUAACAAUGAGUCUCUUGUUCUUGUAGAUCCAAUAUCAAACAAAGAAGAUAUAAUGCAAACCAAGUUAGAAUUACAGAAAGUAGAAUUGAUGCAACCAGUACUGUAUAAAAUAAAACCAGCAGUAGAUAUUGUUGAGUCGUCUAAAAAUAAGAGUGUCGCCUUUUCAGAUCAAAUAGAACUGUCUCCUUCCAACUUUAAUAUAAAUUCUUCACCAAAACUCCUGGGUUCCGCAUCGAAGCCUUCUAAAUCUAUUCUAAGGAACUCGCAAACAGAAAAUGAUCAAACAAUUAAUAAACUAAAUUUUACAAACAAUACAGAACUCAAUUUUACCUUAUAUAAGUUGUCGAAUAACCCAUUCGAUCUAAAAUUUUGGGUGAAAGGUGAAAUUCAUAGUUUAAGAAACAUAAAUGAUAUUCAGGAAUAUAAAGAUAUAAUCGAUGGUGGAAUACAUAUAUUAAAAGGUACUGAUGACAUAAAUAAGGCUCGCAAGUUUGAGAUAUAUGCAACGUUUAACAAUAUAAUACCCAUCGUUACUUCGAAAACUAUGAAUGAUAUCAUAGAUCACAAAAUAGACUAUCUCUUAAAAUCAUUAAGCAUACUGUUAGAUCUGGCAAUAGAAGAUAUAAAAAUUGUACAAACAUCCCUCUUAAGUAGCAGUGAUAAGAAAAAUCCUUUUAUUACGAGACUUUAUGUCCAAAUGGUCAGAUUUUUAGGGAAUAUUGCAUCCAAUUUCCGUAUUGUUAAAUGGUUAGAUGAAAAUCCAGCAUCUUUGAAAACAUUAAAGGACUUUUACCAAUUAUCACUUGCAGUAUUAACUCAUGAAAAUUCAAAUAAACUUAUAAUUACUGCUCAGAUUACAUUUCUUAAAGACGAAAAAUUCAGUUCUUACUAUCUUGAUAAGAAUGAAAUUAAUGCAGUUAUAGAUGCUAUUAUCCACAUUAAGGAAAUCCCAAGCACCAACUUAACGUGUGAAAAGUUACUAUUAAUUAAACAAUUAAUAUCAAAACACCCAACCUUAAUGAUAUCGAAUUCAUUGAAAUGGCUUCCACAGGAAGUUAUAUAUAGGAUUCUAGUGGAAAAGGAACCAUAUACAUUAAAAGUUCUUUCGACAACUAUAUCUGUUCUAUUAGAUCUGUUAAAGAGAUGUAUGGACAAUCCAAAGGGUCACAAUGAAGUCUACGAAUGCGUUAAUGUACAACCAGUGAAAAAGUGUUUACCAAAACAAUAUUUUGAUCAAUUACAAACAGUGUAUCCAACUCUAACUGAUACUUCUACUAUUGGUGAAUUGUUACAAGAAUAUACCCUAUAUCUAAUUGAAGUAGAAGGUGAAUUUAAACUGGCAAUGGAUUUAUGGUUAUCCAUGGUCGCAUUACUGUAUAAUAACCCUACAAAAUUACCAUUACUGCUGCUUUCUGAAAAAGAUUCUAAAUGGUUACAUAUUAAUAAAGAUGUCAUUAAAUCCACCCAUGAAGGUCGACUACAUGCUAUCAAAUCUUGGCGAGUCGUAACUUACAUUGCCUUUACCAAUUUCAAAAAAAUUACCGAUGUAAAUAAACCUGUAAUGCUAAGAUUAUUGCGGAUGCCCCUUAUGCAUAUAACCGGGUCAAAUUGUAAUGCCACUUCAGAAACUGGUUUUCUUUAUCAUCUAACAGGUAUUAUAUUUACCUUUUGCAGUGUUUCGAAAUCCUUAAGUAACAGAGAUUUUGAUUUAAUCUGGACUGACCUCAUCAAACCUAUUUAUGAUAGCAUAUAUUCACAAAAUUUCACCUCGUCAUUUAUUGAAUAUAGUUCUGCAUUAUUACAAAAUGCUUUCGAUAUUAACAAAAGGGAAAAAAUAGGAUAUAGAGAUGUUCAUCCAGUAAAAGUUAUAGCAUCUAUAGGAGUAAGUCCUAAUAAUAUUGCACCUUUAUCCUUAGGGCAUAUUAAAGCAUCAUUUGUUGAAAUUACUGAUCUUCUGAUAAAUAUUACUAUAAAUAAUCCAUUUGAUUAUGAAAACAAUUUGCAAACACUCAAUAACAUUUUAAAGAACAUACCUGAAAGAUUUUAUAGCCAAUACGAUAUGUUAAAUAAAUAUAAAAGUGUAUUGAAGGUUAUUAUAGAAGGAAAUAAAUUAAAAAAAUGUACGUUAGUUAUUGAAUCAUAUCUGAUUCAACUAAUAUUAUCAUUCAAAAAAUUGUUAUUUUUAGACAAACCAGAAAUUUUAAUUGACAUCUUAUCAAUAGUGACUGAAAAAUUUCAAAAUUCUCCUGAAUUGGUUAUGAAUAUUACAAAAGCCUUAUUUAAAGAUCGAAAAAGUAGUAUAUCAGAAUAUACAGUGGCAAAAAUAAUUCUGUCUUUAAAUGAUGAAAUAUCUACUCUUUACAUAACAAACUGGAUAGGCUCCACCUUAAUACCAAAAAAUAUAAAUCAAAUCGAUUUUGUAUCGAUUUUACAAAUACUAAACAAGGUUGCUACUAAGCCGGUCAUUUCCAAUGUUUUAGAUCUAUGUGGGAGAAUGGAAAUGCCACCAGAUUUAUCUGCUGUUAUUGACUUUAGCCAUUGGUCUGAAGAUUGUGUUGAAUAUUUUAUUAAAAUAUACACUUCCAAAUUUCCUGAAAAUACGGUGACUUUAUUAAUGCCGACUAUCCUUAAUUACAUUGCAACUAAUGAAGCUUUUUUUGGUAACUUAGUCAGACAUCUUUAUGAUAAUAAUUCCUAUCAAUUAAUUAAAGACAUUCUAGAGAAAAAUCCAUCUUAUGUUGUUCAUUUAGAGAAUAUUAUCUCUGCUGAUACAAAAAAUUUGUUAACACCUAUGAAUUUUAAUUAUUACGUUAUUAAUCUAACCAAUUAUUCAUCCAGUUUAUCACAAUAUUUGAUCAGAUGUAUUUUUGACUCAAAUGCUCCAAGGCAGAACAAGGCUGCUUUCGUGGAAUAUAUACUACCUUCAUCGCAAACCAAAAGCUUGGAUGAUCAGAAAAAUAUUGCAAUUGUAACAUUAUUCAAUUAUUAUUGCGAAAACAAAAAUUGGGAGAAAUUAAAUGACUUACUACUGCUGAUUUUGGAGAGGAAACAUAUUAAUUUAUUAUCUGUAACAUUAAAUUCUCAACUUAAAGGAUGUAUGGAAUAUUUAACACCGAUGACUUUAGUAACCAUUGCUAUUAAAUGCCAAAUAAUGAAGAAGGAAAUUUUUGAAAUUAUUAAAUCUUCAUUCGAGAAUAAAGAGUACAGUUUUAAUUGUGAUUUGAUUUUUAAUCUUUUGAAGGAAAAAAAGUAUCAACUAUUCACUUCAAUUAUUGAUGAAUUUUGUAAAUUUUUAACAGUUAAGCAACUUAGUCGUUCAACUGAAGAACAGGAUGCGGCUAUAUCACUUUUUAACAGCUUUUUGGAUUUAUUGCUCAGACAAGGAAUGAAAAAAGUAGAUGCCUGUAUUAAUUCCUUACUAAUACAUAUGGAUAGAAAUAAAAAUGAUCACUACAUCAAAAUAUCAAAAAGUAUAUUAACAAAUCCUUUAUUCAUGUCUAGGAGAUUAAGAAACACGAAGUGUCAUAAAAUAUUAUCUGCCAAACUAGAAUUCUGGUUUGACCCAACUGCUGGCACAAUAGUAGAGUCGAUAUCGACUAUUUCAGAAAAAAUACCAAAUAUUCCAUUAGUAAGCUUUAAACUUAACACUGCAAAGAACACUAGUUCUGUAGUUAAUGGGAUAACUGACUUACACAAUGCGAAACUAUUGCAUUCCGAUAGGUUUGAAGAAGAAUCUACCCAACGUGAGUUCUCACCUAUCAAAUUGAAUUUUGAUAAUAGUAAGGUAAAUAAUUCUAGAACAGAAUUCGUAACUAGUACACAAAGUAUUUCAUACAAUGAAGUUCAAGUUCAGGCUACCCAAGAUCAACGUAAUACGAUAGAGAGCACGCAAAUUCCAGUAUUUUCAUCCAUAAUUGAAAAUCCAACUAGUAAAAGAAUAAGUUCACAAAUUAAAAAAUCUGAUAUCUCAAACAAUGAUAUCGAUGGUGACAGUGAACUUCCAGAAGUUGACGAUGCCGAUAUUUCGAUUAUAGAGACAAUAAAGUUCCCAAUAUUUAAUUCCAAAAGAAAUAUUAGAAACCCAUCCAAUAUGAGUUCAGAUGUGUUGCUUUCUGAAGAUUAUACUGAAAGACCUCAAAAAAAAGAAUUACAAAGUUCAGAAAAGAAAAACUUAUUAAUAGUAAGGUAUUGA